AUUUCUCCGCCCAAAAAGAAUAAAUAUUAAAAGCAAAAGAGCAAUCUGUUUCUGCACGCGAUUCGUUUUUCUCCGUCUCUCUACAAACAGAAUACCCCUGUUCGCCCACCUUACUUUUCCACUUCCCCAAUAAGCUCUUUCACUUCUUUCCCGCAAAAGAAAAUAAUACGAUGGGGAAGGGAAGCAAAUUUGGGAUUGUGAUGUUCAGUUUGGUGAUAGGAGCUGUGAUAAUUAUUUUGAACAAUGCCUAUGGAGGGAACAAGGAAGCUUUGAUGGAGGGAUUUCGUGAUAUGUCCGAGAAAUUGGGAAUAUGGGCGAUGCCUGUCUAUGUUCUAAUUCACACGGUUACACUUUCUCUGUGUUUGCCAUAUGCAGUGUUUUUUGAAGCAGGAGCUGCCAUUUUGUUUGGAUUUUUUCCGGGGGUGGUCUGUGUUUUCACAGCGAAGAUAUUGGGGGCUUCCCUGUCCUUCUGGAUCGGAAGGGCAUUGUUUGCGAGUUCAAGCUCAGCAAUGGCUUGGGUGCAGAGGAACAAGUAUUUCCACAUUCUUAAUAAGGGAGUUGCUCGAGAUGGGUGGAAAUUUGUUUUGCUUGCACGGUUUUCUCCUGCCCCCUCAUAUGUGAUCAAUUAUGCAUUAGCUGCUAUGGAUGUUAGAUUUUUUGUAGAUUUUCUCAUUCCAACAAUUGUUGGAUGCCUUCCAAUGAUUUUACAAAAUGCUUCCAUUGGUAGUCUGACUAGUGCAGCUGUAGUAUCAGACCGUAAGUCAAAGAAACAGCUUUCUUCUUACCUGUUUCCUCUCCUUGGUAUUGCAUCUAGCGUAUUGAUAUCUUUGCGGAUCAAGAAAUAUUCUUCAGAACAUGCCAUCCUCGAUGAUUCAUCUCAUGUUUGUAAUUCCCCAAACAAUCAGACAGCAAAUGAAAAUACAAGUGAUUCAUUCAUAACUUAUUCUUUGGAAUCUGAGGAUGUGAAAAGUGGACUCAGAAAAAGAGUUCCAUUGUGCUCAACCAGUUAGGAUCCAUUGUUUUAUCUAGAGUUCCCUGUUGGAAUUCAAGGAUCAUUUUCAACGGUUUUACAAUUUAGUCGUGAACAGAAUGCAGGAAGUAUGAAUGCAGUUUCUUGCUCAACAUAUUAUAUCAAGCAUUCGCACUAAUUAUUGUAACAAUUUCAUAAUUUUCAUGAUAUGAAAGAGAGGAAAAUGGAAUAUGACGGAGCUUGAUUACCGAACA